AUGACCACCAUCCAAUCCUUUGGAACAGCGAGACGGAAGAGGCUACUCUCAUUCCAGUUUUCUUCCGCUUCUUCCUCGUUGUCCUCGAGUACGACCACCAAGUUACCGCUCGGAGUCGGCGUUCGGGCUGACAUUGUUUUCUUAAGUACCGUUGUCGAAGUCACGGAGACCGUUCCGCCGCUGCCUAUUACAGCAGAAAGUGAUGUAAAUGCACCUGUUGCUACUAAUGCUGCUGUGGACCCUGACACCGCUACGAAUACAGGUAUGCCGAACUCUGCAACUGCAUCAGAGCAAGUCUUACAACCAACAGCAUCUGUAGGGGGGCACGCCAAGGUUGAGAUACCUACUACGACAAUAGCUAUCUCACUAGAAGGGCCAUCAGAAACUGGCACUCAGGUAGCAUCUACAACUGAGCCAGGCACAACUCUUGUAUCAAGCUUAACGGGAACGAAUAUUGCUUCACUAUUGAUGCAUAAAUCUGCCCCAACAGAGACUACCCAUGGGAAGUCACCGCCAACAACAAAAUCGACUCAAACCCUGGCUUCGACUGAUACUCCCCAGAAAAGCUUCCCAACCUACGCAACCGCUAUAGCCUCUGGAACUGCCGUAAUAGCAACAACUGGGAUAGGAGCAGCAAUAUAUUUUAUGAAACGUCGCCGCCGUGGUCAAAAAACUAUUGACCGCGCAUCAAUUCGCAAAGUAGACACUGCUGUCGAGAGACCGAAGUUGUUAUCUGGCCGGGAUAAUGGAGAUUUGACCAGUUUUGAAAAGCCGAUAAACAUUGACCAACAAACAAAUUGGGAUAGAUCAAUGACGCCACCUGAUCCUGAGGAGUUACGGAAGAACAUGAUGGAGGAUAAGGGUAAUGCGUGGAGGAAUAGUAGAGACGGGCCAGAACCGGUAGAUUUGGGGAUUGCUUAUGUCCCUGCUGCUGCUGCGUCUACUACUUCGUUUUCUUCUAGGCAGAACAGAUUGUCGUCAGCUACGCCGGAGGAGCUCAAUGGACGUGGAACACCACAGCAAGAGCAAGGGUAUACUCACGAAAACACAUCACAUACGUCAAUGCCAACUGAGCUCCUCCCCGUAAUGCAACCCUUGAAUAUCUCACAGCAACAACCAGACCGUCGGCCACCCACUGCUGAAACUAUAAACAGACAAGACACAAUUUCACCUUCAAUUUACUCUCGUGACAGCGUAGCUACUAAUAUGGCUGAUCUCUACGCCAGGUUGAAUACUGGUUCUAAUAAUAAUUACGGCAAUAGCAGCGGCUAUCAUACGAAUCUGCAUACCAUCCCUGAUGAUCCGGUUCGAGAAGCUUUGUACCAGACUGAUCCGUAUGGUUUACAGGAUGAGAGUUCCUCCAUUUAUCAUCGCCAUCAGCAACAUGAUUUUGGAGGUGGUUCUUUGAGAUCUGAGAGUCCUCGUGGGAAUGAGGCUUGGGGGCGUGGUGCGGCUCAUAGGGCCAGGUUUGGAUAUAACCCGUAUGAUCAGGGGUUUGAUGCGGCAUGA